AUGUCAGUCAGUCCCUCUGGUCCAGUACCAGAGAACAGUGAUGUGACACUGACAUGCAGCAGUGAUGCCAAGCCAGCAGUAAGGAACUACACCUGGUACAGUGCUUAUGGAGGCCAGGAGACGUUCAUGGGGACUGGACCUUCUUUAAAGAUUCAAGCCCCUAAAACUUCUUUUUUCUGCAAGGCUGAAAAUAAUCUUGGAGCUGGACGAUCCAACAUCAGUCAAAUAGAUGUUCAAUAUCCUCCAGAGAUCCUUCCUUCAUCUGAUUGUGCCAAACCUGCAGGCCAGAUCAAGUGUUCCUGUGAGACUGUGGGAAACCCCUCUCCCACCUUAAACUGGUAUUUGGAUGGGUUACCAGUCAAUCACUCUGACAAGUUUACUAUCAGCAGUCAGUCUGUGAAUGGCACAGGUCUGAGGAGCAUCAUGAUUGUGAAUCAUCUACAAGAGAAGGAUCUUCUAACCGUGGUCUGCAGUAGCACCAACUCUCUGGGAUCUGCCAGUCAGAAAUUUUGUGUCCACGGUGCUGAACAUCAAACAUCACAAGGUCCAGGGAUGUUACCAGUCUUCAUCACUACAAUUUUUGCUCUACUACUGCUAGUAUGUUAUCUGCUGUGGGUUAUCAGGACUCAGAAGACUCGCCUUAACCCUCCGAACAGUCAGUGUAAAGGUGACACCAGUACAGUCGCUAUGAACCAACUUCCAACAAGUGACACCAGUACAGUCGCUAUGAACCAACUUCCAACAAGUGAAACCAGUACAGUUGCUAUGAACCAACUUCCAACAAGUGACACCAGUACAGUUGCUAUGAACCAACUUCCAACAAGUGACACCAGUACAGUCGCUAUGAACCAACUUCCAACAAGUGACACCAGUACAGUUGCUAUGAACCAACUUCCAACAAGUGAAACCAGUACAGUUGCUAUGAACCAACUUCCAACAAGUGACACCAGUACAGUUGCUAUGAACCAACUUCCAACAAGUGACACCAGUUCAGUCGCUAUGAACCAACUUCCAACAAAUGGAGAGAGAGAUGAGAUACCCAACACAACAGAAGAGGACAUUUAUGCCAACAGCAGUGUGAUGAGACAGGCAAACACAACCAUCUCUGAGACAAACAACACCAACUCACCAGGCUCAGAGCCAGAAAAUGCAGACGGAGACUUUAAAAGCUCAAAGGAGAAGGAAGAAGGCAGCAAUGUGAUUUACUCUAGUGUGAACUGGAAGAGCAAGAAGAAGAAGGGAAAAGACUCUGGGGACAUGGAUCAGCCUGGGAGCUCAUAUCUAGAGGAGGAGAGGUGCACGGCGGGAGCCAUGCGCAGAAAUGUUGUAAGCAAUGCAGUAGAGAUGGAAAGCCUAUAUGCUGAGCCAAAACUUGUGAAAAAGGAAGUGGAAUGUGAAUAUGCCCAGGUUAAAUUUAAAGACAAAAAUGCUAUGCACAAAUAGCAUUUGUGCAUAGCACGUCUUGCUCUC